AUUAGAGGUACCUAUGUAGAGAGCAUCUGCAAGCAUCUCUUUUUUACUUGCAAUCUUUCAACACACCAAAAAAAGAAGCCUGCAUUCGAGCGUCCCCACAUAAACAUGGCAUCAAGACGCGCACAUGCGCUGCUAGCCCAGCUCUCAAGACCAAUCGCCCCAGCAAUAAAGGCUUCCCGUCCCCAAUUCCACCCCACGGGACCUUCCCUCCUCCCACGCCUCCCGCUCGCCGCCCAGCAUCCCCAACCGCUCCUCCUCCGCGCCGCCCACAGCAUCCCCCGGCCUCGCUCUCACGCCGCCGCAGCAACAACAACAACCGACCAGUCCGGCCCCCCGGCAGCACCAACCUCCCAAUCCAAGCACCAACACAAACCCAAGCAACCACGGGUAGCCCAGCAACCCCACUACGAGCUAACCUUCACCUGCGUCCCGUGCGGCGAGCGCUCGCGCCACAAGGUCUCGAAGCAGGGGUACCACCACGGCUCGGUGCUGAUCACGUGUCCGGGCUGCCGCAACCGGCACGUCAUGAGUGACCACCUGGGCGUCUUCUCCGAGGCGCCCUCGGGCACCGUCGAGGACCUGAUGCGCGGGCGCGGGCGCCUCGUCAAGCGCGGCACCCUCGGCGAGGACGGCGACGUCGAGUUCUGGGAGGACGGCACCGUCACGAGGAGGGGCGGCGCCGACGACCCCGACGGGGAGGGGGAGGUGGUGGUGGUGGGCGGCGCGGGGGGGCAGGAGAAGGAAGAAGUGGAUGAUUUGCCUCCUGGGGCGACGUUCAAGAGUGCUGCUGCUGCGGCUGCUGCUGGGGAGAAGUCGGGUUAGGAAAAAAAAGGGGGGCGGUUGCAUGGUGUUGGUGUGGUUGUGACACCGGGCUGUUUUUAUCACAUAUUGGAGUUAAUCGCAAGGAAUACCCGGAUCGAAAUUGCAUAGACUGUACCAUAUCUCACAACUCUGUUCGCAUAUAGACAUAUAAACUGUAUAAAUCACGAUACGCAGGGCUUUUCCGCCCCAUUAUCUAUCUCCC